AUGGUGCGGAAAUACCAGUCACCUGUCCGUGUCUACAAGUACCCGUUCGAGCUGGUCAUGGCGGCCUACGAGAAGCGCUUCCCCACCUGCCCGCACAUCCCGGUCUUCCUGGGCAGCGAGGUCCUGCGCGAGUCGCUCAGCGCUGAUGGGGCCGUGCACGUGGUGGAGCGGAGCUGCCGGCUGCGCGUGGAGGCCCCGCGGCUGCUGCGGAAGGUCCACCCUGAGAAUGAGGACUGGACCUGCUUUGAGCAGUCCGCCUCCCUCGACAUCCGGUCCUUCUUUGGCUUUGAAAACACUCUGGAGAAGAUCGCCAUGAAGCAGUACACAGCGAACAUCAAGAAGGGGAAGGAGGUGAUUGAAUAUUACGUGGAUGAGCUCAUCUCCCAGGGCACCUCUCACAUCCCCCGGUGGACGCCUGCCCCUGUCCGCGAAGAGGACACGCACACCCAAGCUGCACCACGGGUCCCGCGUCCCCCAGAGGCCAGCAGGCCCAGCAGCAACCCGGGCCCUGCUCCCAAGACAGCCGCUGAGGACGGGGACAAGCUGGAUGCAGACUACAUUGAGAGGUGCCUGGGCCGGCUCACGCCUGUGCAGGAGAGCUGCCUGAUCCAGCUACGACACUGGCUACAGGAGACCCACAAAGGCAAGAUUCCCAGAGACGAGCACAUCCUGCGCUUCCUGCGGGCUCGGGACUUCCACGUGGACAAGGCCCGGGACAUGCUACGCCAGUCGCUGAGCUGGCGCAGGCAGCACCACGUGGACUCACUCCUUCAGACCUGGCGGCCCCCCGCCCUGCUGGAGGAGUUCUAUGCCGGGGGCUGGCACUUCCAGGACAUAGAUGGCCGCCCCUUGUACAUCCUGCGCCUGGGCCAAAUGGACACCAAAGGCCUCAUGAAGGCGGUGGGGGAGGAGGCGCUGUUGCAGCAAGUGCUUUCGGUCAGUGAGGAAGGCCAGAAGAGGUGUGAAGGCAACACAAAACAGUUUGGCCAUCCCAUCAGAGUUGAUGGUUACCAGGAGCCCAUUUUCAUGUUGCAUGUUUGUAGUCCUGGUGAUGAUUUGGCUGGGUGGCGGCCUCUGGAGUGUCUUUGGUUCCAGAUCAGCCCCUUCAUCAACGAGAACACCAGGCAGAAAUUCCUCAUUUACAGCGGCAGCAAUUACCAGGGCCCCGGGGGCCUCGUGGACUACCUGGAUAAGGACGUGAUCCCCGACUUUCUGGGGGGCGAGUGCGUGUGUAACGUCCCCGAAGGAGGGCUGGUCCCCAAGUCCCUGUACCUGAUGGAGGAGGAACAUGGACAUGGCAACCAGCUGCGGCAGUGGACUGAGACCUACCAUUCGGCCAGUGUGCUCCGGGGGGCCCCCCACGAGGUCACAGUGGAGAUCCUGGAAGGCGAGUCAGUCAUCACCUGGGACUUUGACAUCCUGCAGGGGGACGUGGUGUUCAGCCUAUACCACGCCAAGUGGGUGCCCCCGCUGGGCCCCCGGGAGCCUGGAGCCAGGGCCGGUGGGCAGCUGGCGGGUAAUGGCUGGGUCCUGGGCACCGACUACAGCUGCGUCGAGGCGCCUCUCAUCUGCCGGGAAGGGGAGAGCAUUCAGGGCUCCCACGUGACGCGCUGGCCUGGAGUCUACCUGCUGCGGUGGCAGAUGCACAGGGCUCCAGGCAGCGUGGCCUGCAGCCUGCCCGGCGUGGACGACGUCCUCACCGCCCUGCACAGCCCCGGCCCCAAGUGCAAACUGCUCUACUACUAUGAGGUGCUUGCAUCCGAGGACUUCAGGGGCUCCAUGUCCAGCCUGGGAUCCUGCACCAGCGGCUUCUCGCAGCUCAGCGCCACCACCUCCUCCUCCUCUGGCCAGUCCCACAGCAGCUCCCUUGGCUCCAGAUAG